AUGCUGAAGGCCAAAAGGAAGAAGCGCAAAGGUGGAAAGAAGAAAGUGAAAAGGAAAUGUGUGGACGAAAAGGAGACUCUGUCUUAUGAACAGGAGAUUUUGGAUAACAACAGACAAUUGGCACGACUAAGGACACGAAAUGAGGAAUUGGAGCUGGAAUCGGAGCAAAUGAAGGAGAAAUUUCGACAGCUGGAAGAGGAUCGGUCAGACGUAAUUGCACACCUGAAAAGAAACUUGGAGGAGAGGAUAGAGGAGUCGAAGGAACUUAUGGAACGUCUCUCAGCUCUUGAAGAUCUGCGAAAAGAGGAACUGGCUGCUUACAAGAAGAAGGAAGAGUCGAUGGAACUCGAAUAUCGCACUAUGGAGAACAACUUAAGCGCAGAAGUGAAAUUAAUAACUGGUAAACUCAACGCGUUGGAAGAUUGGCGUCUGGCACGGUUGGAUCUGAUGCAGAAGUUUGAGGUUCAAGAGAAAGAAAUCGCGGAACAAGAAAAGAGGCAUCAGGAGGAGCUUUAUGAAGCAGAGAAAUCGGUAGUCAUUGGAAAAGCAAUGAUGAAGAAAGAAAUGGAGGAACGUUUAAGAACAUUAGCUGUGUCUCUUCGCAAAGCAACAAAUUUGAGGGUAGCAGAGGCCACAAACAGGGCAAUUAGAGAAAACGUGGCUAUGAAUCUAGAACUUGACGAACUAGUGAAGACAUGCAAGGAACUCGAAGUUACCAGCAAGGAAAGCAAGGACAAAGAGCGUACACUGAGGUUGCAAUGCGAGUUAUUUGAAACGGAAUCAAAAAUUACGUUAAGAAUGGCAAUGAAACAGAGAGACGCUAUUCACAAAUUGGCAAAUCUCGAAGGCGAUAUUUCAAAUGAAGAUUGUUGUGCAUCGCAUCUGAAAGAGCAGUUCCUUCAAUGUCUUUGGGAAAUAUUGGGAGACAACAAUAUUAUCGAUGUUUUAGAACAUUCUGCAUCACAGAUUGAAAAUAUUAGCUGUCGUUACUCGGAAGGAGAUCUGGGGCUCAUUGAAUCCUCGAAAAUUUGUAAAUGUGUGGAAGAAGAAACGGAAGACACAUUUGAAUAUAGCGUAGAAGCAGAAUCAUCGGAAUAUUUUGACGAAAAGCAACAGUCUCGUUCAGACAGUAAUAUUAGUUCCAGUAUUCAAUCACCAAAAGAAUCAGUAUCUGAUUCUAAGUUAUAA